GCCCCCCCCCCCUCCCCAGCCUCACUUUGUUUAUGUCAUCGUCUAUUGAGGCAGAGGAGAAAAUCCGCUCGCGAAACUGGAAACACAUUUCGAUGAUUGAUAAAGUGAACAUUUAGAUUACAACAUUGUUCCAGCACCAAUGAUAAAUUGGCUGACAGCACAGAACAAGUUUCUCUUCUUGAAGUAAACCAACAGAUUUUUUUUUCAUUGUGGAUUAAUCUCCCCAACAAGUUGUCAAGAUAAGAAAUAAACAAAGCAAUGUAUGACACCUGACAUAGACAUUUGAAAGAACUGUGGAGAUUGGAAAGUAUAUUUAAAGUCUAAAUUGAAAUAAUCUCUACAUAAUCUUAUAGUGUUGAAACAGAUCCCAACCAAAAUGAAAAUGGCGAUGGGGCCAGCAUAUCUUCAAUGGAAUGUAAAAUCAGUUCUGGUGAUAGCAGCUUUGACCUUGGCAUCAGUGCAGAGCCUAAUGAUCCCAAUAAACGAUGAGUUGAAACGUGACAUUUUAACCAAACAUAACGACCUGAGGAGACAGGUCAUGGCCAGCUAUAUGAUGGAACUCGGUUGGGACGACACUCUGGCACGCAAGGCUGAACAGUUUGCCUCCAGCUGUCGCUACGAGCGUCCAUCGUCGCAAGAGUAUGACGCUGGCUACAACAUAGCCAUCAGACGCCGCCACAUUCUAGAGAGAGAUUCGGACAUGAUCAAAGAAUUGGUCAACAGUACAGUGGACGGCUGGGCAAGGUCAAGGGAAAAUUAUGUCUAUGGUAGCCACUGCGGCCAAGGUUGUAACUAUGCCCAGAUGAUUCAGGCUGAAUCUGAAAAUAUUGGAUGUGCUGUUGAAAACUGUGACAACAGAAUGCACCGUUAUGAACGCUGGAUUCCAGACAAGUUUACUCUGAUCGUCUGUUUCUACAGCCCCUGGAAGAGUCUGACCAGUAAUGCCCCUUACCAGCGAAGUGCUGUCAACUAUUGCACAAGGUGCCCUCGAGAUAGAGUUUGUCAAGAUAAUCUUUGUGCCCUGAGAGAUAAAAGACCUCUAGGUCUGUCUUUAGUACGUAACCCAGUCUAUGAUCUUAGUGAUGAAUUGGACUCUUCUGAGAUUUGGACAUUGACCAAUGCUCACAAUGCUUUGCGAAGAUCUGGAGGCCUGGAGGAGUUGGUCUGGGAUGCUGGUUAUCUUUUAAAAUGGGCCAAAUACAUUUUACACUGUACCAUCAACUAUCCAGGACCAAGGGGGACAUACACGAACUUUCAUCGCUUACGUCAGGGAGAGAGUAUUUCAAGUGUGGUGUCCACCUGGUCCAGAGAACGUAGCCUAGACUUCUCACAGAUUCGAGCAUCCUCCGGCUGCAGGACAAAAAAUGACGAGGGAACAUGUAAUCAUUAUCAAAAUCUGAUGAGGGAUGACACAGAUGCCAUGGCCUGCGAAGCCAAGUUCUGCAGCGACAGUCGACAUUUGGUUUGCCUCUACGCCGCUAACUCAGUUCGCACCUGGGAGCAACGAUCUUACUUCCCCAUCACUCGUGCACCCCGCCCCAUCACCCGUGCACCCCGACCCAUCACCCGUGCACCUUUCACGCGAGCACCCCGCCCUUUUACGCCAGCACCAUACCUGCGCACUACCAGGUCUUACUUCCGGUUUCAAACACAAAGGGAUCGCAGAACUCAGAGCCCAAGGGGGCGGUUAGAUACCAAAACAGGACCGUCAUGGUAUCAAAGAACAUAGGUCUCUCAGGUCACACUCAGGUUACUGGAAACUUACAAACUAAUGGAGAAGAUAGAGGGAAGAAACUCCUUCUUCUGUUCAACUUAGGAUUAUUUGGACAUUACAGUUUUGAUACUUUCCCUUUGUCUCUAGCAAAAUGAUCCCCAGUUUUUAAAGACCUAAAGUGUAGGUCUACAAGAAAAUUAAAUUAAACAUUCGUUGAAAAUGAAAAAAAAAUGUUUUUAUACUCUUCGUGUAAGGCAACAGUUUAUUUAAAGUAAAAAUAGCUAUUUGUUACCACCACCCACCCCCCCCCCCCAACAACUGCAAAGAAUUUAACAUUAAAAACUACACCACUUAACGAUAGUCAACCUACCAACAACAAUGUCCUAGUUUUAGUUUUGUAAGUAGGUCUAUUAACAAUUAUUAUUCAAACUGCAAAAGAUACGGUACUGAAUAUUGAAUUUUAAAUGUUUUAAACGUUUCCCGCUUUAUUGCUUCAGACAUUUUAGGACAUCAAUAUCUUAAUGAUCUAUUCAUUUACUAGCAUUAGUGUAUUACAUUCAUGUCACUUUCUGCUUCGCAUGUACAAACAAAGAUAUACAUACAACUAAACGCAAAAUAUAACCAUGUAAACUUAUUACCAAGAGUCCAAGAGAACUUAACCACCUUCAAAUCUACUCCACUACUAAUAACUAUCAACGUGACACACUACCCUCAAACUUCAAUGAGUAUCUGUCUUGUAGGUAUAAAAGACUUUGCCUGAUUGGUAGCUAAUAAUAUGUGGCUACAGCAGAAGGAGUGGGAGAUUGGAGGCUGUGUACAUUGGGGAAGUCGACUAUGUUAGUCAAGGAGGUGUUGCUUCAUGGGGGUUCCAUUUCUAAUCCCCCACGAAAAUGUCUAGACCACUGUCCCUCAUUCCUAAAGCUGUUAGCACCGAGGAUUUGGACAAUACUCUUUUUUGUACCUAUAUAUCGGGUCCCUCUGAGAUGAGCAUACAUUGCAGUGAGGGUAACUUUAAGAAAAAUACAAAGGUUGUUUACAGAAAUAAUUAAAUUAGUUGACAACUAAAAAAUAAAAAAGAAAAUAAAAAAGGGAUUGGCUGAAAAAAUUGCAAUUAAAACUGAAAUUAUGGCCGAAAUUUGUGAGAUUCUUAACCCUCAUUCGUCAUAUCCCCCCCCCCUUAAAAAUGAUCCGUAUGCCUAGAUCUAUCUGUAUCUAUUUGUGUUCUAUCUUUGUUUCAGUUAUCUAUCUAUGAUAAGUCCUAUUUGCAAACCCCGUGAUUUAAAUAGUGAAAGGUAUAUUUAUAUUUUGUUUGUGUGUGUGUGUUUUUUUAAUCUGUUGUUUAAUUUUCAUUAUUAUUUGGUGCAUUAUUUUACACUACGUUAUUAUUCACUACGAUUUUUUUGUCGGUUAACGAUAACUUUUGUUUAUGUUUUAUGUUUCUGACAAAUACUUUAGUAAAGUGCAUAGACAUUUGAGCCAAGGCCUAGACCUAUAUCGCUUUGGCUCAAGAUUAGGUCUUAAUGCAUUAGUAGACAACAAUGUCAAGCCUAUAGGCACACUAUAAUACAAUAUAGUAAAGUCUUAACGUUCACUUCAAAAAGCUUUUGUCGCAAUUGUAGAUAAUUACAUUCAAAGACAUUGAUUUGUGUAAUAAUUAAUAAAUUGACUAUGCAUGAUGCAGAACUGGUGUUGUAGUGUAAGCCAAAUAUUUAUAUUUAGUGUCAAACCGUACACCAGGUAAUCCUUCUGUUUAUUUUAUAUUUAAAAACCUUUCGUCUGACUUUAUAAAUAUAUUGCUCUUUGACUUAAAAGACAAUGCAAUCGUCCCGUCUUAAAGGUACAUUCUUUGGGCUCCUCCUCUUGGGAUUUCCUCUCAUGGUUGACUCAAGACUUAGACUGCAAGGCAGUGGAGGCUAGAUAAGGAGGGGUUGGGGGAAGGGUAAACAGCAUCAGACGGCGAGAUAGGUAUCAGAACACUAAUAUAUAUAUAUAUUUCUGUCCCUACAUUCGUUCGUUUUGUUGACAUUAUAUGUACGUUCUCUACUGCUUAUGCAAAUAUAAAUUACUACCCAGUUAAGAAAUGUGUGAGGUCGCCAACAGGUCUUCUCCUCAGUUAAUGUCUGAACCACAUGAGAAGGCCAGGUGCUGGAUUGGGUUGCUAGCGACUAGUUGAGAGUGUAGAGAAGAGGAACAUAUCCCCAUCGACACUUUUGAAAAGGCUGUGUUUUUAUAGCUAGCGCUGCUAGACAAAUGUAACUUGCAUGAAUGUAUUGGCUAGCUAGGUAUAAUGUUAUUGACUAACUAGGUAUAAUGCUAUUGAAAAUCUAUGUUUAAUGUUGUACUUCAAUGAUAUUACUUGGACCAUGUUUAAUGUGUGUUUCUGUACUCCCCUUGAAUUUCUUGUCUUGACCUAAACGUCUAUCACAUGUUUAAAGUAGUUCAGUAUUUUAUAAACUAACAUGCAAACAAAUAAAUAGCAUUUGUACUCGUCUA